AUGGUGACCACGCCUCCUGAUGUGGGGCUGGAACUGCUGGUGGAAGGCUACUCACUAAUGAAGCCCCAGCUGGAAGAGCAACAACCCCAGGCCAAACUCCUGACAUUCCUGCCUCUUGUCCACCUGGUGGAGCCCAAGUCACCUGUGGUGCCCAAGCAUCCUGUGGUGCUCAAGUCACUUAGAGUACCCAAGUCUCCUGUGGUGUCCAAGUCACCUCUGUUCUCCAAGCAACUUAUGAAGACUAAUCCUCCUGUGGUGCCCAAGUCACCUGUUUUCUCCAAGACACUUAUGGACACCAAGCUUCCUGUGAUGCCCAAGUCACUUAUGGUACCCAAGCCACCCGUGGUCUCCAAGACACUUGUAUUCACCAAGCUUCCUGCUGUGCCAACGUCUCCAGUAGUGCCCAAGUCACCUGUGGUGCCCAAGUCUGCUAUUUUCUUCAAGACACUUAAGGACACCAAGCUUCCUGUAACACGCAAGCCUCCAGUGGUGCUCAAGCCUCCAGUGGUGCCGAUGCAUCCUGUGGUCUACAAGCCACUUAUAGGCACCAAGCUUCCUGUGAUGCCCAAGUCACCUGUGGUGCCCAAGCCACCUGUGGUCUCCAAGCAGCUCAUGGACCCCAAGUUUCCUCUGAUUCCCAAGCCUCUUGUGGUGCCCAAGCCACCUGUUGUCUCCAAGCAGCUUAUAGACACCAAGUUUCCUGCAAUUCCCAAGCCUCUUGUGGUGCUCAAGCCACCUGUGGUCUCUAAGCAGCUUAUGGACACCAAUCUUCUUCUGAUUCCCAAGCCUCUUGUGAUGCCCAAGCCACCUGUUGUCUCCAAGCAGCUUAUGGACACCAAGCUUCCUGCAAUUCCCAAGCCUCUUGUGGUGCCCAAGCCACCUGUGGUCUCUAAGCAGCUUAUGGACACGAAGCUUCCUGCGAUUCCCAAGCCUCUUGUGGUACCCAAGCCACCUGUGGUCUCCAAGCAGCUUAUGGACACCAAGCUUCCUGCGAUUCCCAAGCCUCUUGUGGUGCCCAAGCCACCUGUUGUCUCCAAGCAGCUUAUGGACACCAAGCUUCCUGCGAUUCCCAAGCCUCUUGUAGUGCCCAAGCCACCUGUUGUCUCCAAGCAGCUUAUAGACACCAAGGUUCCUGCGAUUCCCAAACCUCUUGUGGUGCCCAAGCCACCUGUGGUCUCCAAGCAGCUUAUGGACACGAAGCUUCCUGCGAUUCCCAAGCCUCUUGUGGUGCCCAAGCCACCUGUGUUCUCCAAGCAGCUUAUGGACACCAAAGUUCCUGCGAUUCCCAAACCUCUUGUGGUGCCCAAGCCACCUGUUGUCUCCAAGCAGCUUAUGGACACCAAGGUUCCUGCGAUUCCCAAGCCUCUUGUGGUGCCCAAGCCACCUGUGUUCUCCAAGCAGCUUAUGGACACCAAAGUUCCUGCGAUUCCCAAACCUCUUGUGGUGCCCAAGCCACCUGUUGUCUCCAAGCAGCUUAUGGACACCAAGGUUCCUGCAAUUCCCAAGCCUCUUGUGGUGCCCAAGCCACCUGUUGUCUCCAAGCAGCUUAUGGACACCAAGCUUCCUGUGAUUCCCAAGCCUCUUGUGGUACCCAAGCCACCUGUUGUCUCCAAGCAGCUUAUGGACACCAAGCUUCCUGUGAUUCCCAAGCCUCUUGUGGUACCCAAGCCACCUGUUGUCUCCAAGCAGCUUAUGGACACCAAGCUUCCUGUGAUUCCCAAGCCUCUUGUGGUGCCCAGGCCACCUGUGGUCUACAAGCCACUUAUGGACACCAAGCUUCCUGUUGUGCCAAAGUUUCCAGUGGUGCCCAAGUCACCUUUGCUGCCGAAGUCACCUAUUUUCAACAAGCCACUUAUGGACACCAAGUUUCCUGUGACCCCCAAGCCUCCAGUGGUGCCCAAGCCUCCCACGCUGCCGAGGCGUCCUGUGAUCUACAAGCCACUUAUGGGCACCUCCAGUGGUGCCCAUGCCUCCAGUGGUGCCCAAGCCACUUACUGUCUCUAA